ACCUCCACAGCGCUCCCUUGCUUAUUUUCCAAGCCAAGAAGACUGAUCCUCGUCUCCCCGUCUCUCUUCCUCGACUGUGACCGACGAUCGGAACAUAACCGGCGGCGAUGGAGUGCGUUUUCGGGCUUGUAGGUGACGGUUUCGCUUUGAUCGUUGCAGACUCCUCUGCUGUUCAUAGCAUACUUGUCCACAAAGCUAACGAGGACAAGGUCUUGGUCCUCGACUCCCACAAGCUCCUCGGCGUCUCCGGCGAGGCAGGCGACCGGGUUCAGUUCAUCGAGUACAUCCAAAAGAACGUUCAUCUCUACCAGUUCAGGAAUGGAAUCCCGCUGAGCACUGCUGCCGCUGCAAACUUCACCAGGGGCGAGCUUGCCACUGCUCUCAGAAAGAACCCAUAUUUUGUUAACAUUCUACUGGCUGGCUAUGAUAAGGAUAUUGGACCAUCUCUUUACUACAUUGACUACAUCGCAACUCUCCACAAGAUAGACAAGGGUGCAUUUGGUUAUGGUUCCUAUUUCUCCUUAGCAAUGAUGGAUAGGUAUUUUCGCAGUGGAAUGUCGCUGGAAGAGGCGAUUGAUCUCGUAGAUAAAUGCAUUGUUGAAAUCCGGUCAAGACUGGUUGUCGCUCCACCAAAUUUCGUGAUCAAGAUUGUAGACCAGAAUGGAGCAAGGGAGUAUGCAUGGCGUGAAUCCAUUUCAUCAGACUAAUGUAUUUCUGAAUUAGUGUUAUGAUCCGGACUCAAGUACUGUUUUUGAAGUUAUUUGCUGUACUUUUCUUAUUUAUGCUGUUUGUGAUGAAAUUAUAUUUGAUUAAGGAAAUUUUCUCUUAAUGCUGAUUCGAACGUGAUUA